CACUGUCCAUUUCAGACUGCCUGAGCACAUCCGAAGCUGAUACCCCACUGGUUAAAAGUUAUGAGAGAGGGACUCCUGGAAUCACUGCAGCUCAAGAGCAGAACUUGAGGCAUCUCGGAGCACAGUCAGAGCUGGGAUCGAGCUCCCGGUAUCCUAGAGCAAUAUCGUUGUCCAGCGGCUCACAGUCGGGCACAUCAAUAACUGGUUCCGCCAUGCCUGCGUUAGAUGAGGAGAAUGUCACCUCCACCUCCUCUGCUUUUGAGAGCCUGUCCUUACGGCCUACCUCGACGUCUACAUACCCACGAAGCACGCAACUUCCGGGGCAAAGAGGUUCUACAGGUCGAAGAUGACAAUCUUCUGGUCCGCUAUAAUGAAACUGCUGAAGACUACUCGGGACCACGAAGACCUCUAACUAAUCAUCCCUGUGUUUUCUGGUUCCUUAGGUGUUCGUACGCCUCCACGGACUUAGAGGAAUGGUGGACACACUGUCUAGCGCAUUUGCGAUGCAAUACACCCCCGAAGAAAUCAUUAUGUCCAAUCUGCUUGCGAGUAGAGGAGUUUGAGACUGGCGAAAAGGCCUGGGAAUGGCGAAUGGCACACAUUUCUCUACAUCUUCGGCGAAAUGAACCACUUAUAGGCAGCCACAAAGACCGUGGACUGUUUAAGUUUCUGUGGAACAAAAAACUCAUCAGCGACCAGGAACUCAAGGACUUACAGACCACUGGAACUCUGCAAUCUGCUCCCCACGAACAUUUUACGGUGACUGCCGGUCGGCAAAUCGAACGUAGGGGCAGGCCGUCUGGGGCCUACCGAAGACUUCAGUAAAGUUUGAUAUGAUGACUAGCAGCCACCGAGGAAGCUCUCUGAAUCUCCCGGCGCAUGAGCAUUGCACAACGACUGGAUUCCCUAC